AUGGUGUACAGAGGCCUUGUGGUGCCUAUCAUUGUCAUGAGUGUUUUCUGGGGGGUGGUCGGCGGUGUCUCGCUGUGGCUAGUGCUCAAGGGGCCUAACCGGGGUAUUAUCAACACAAUGCUGGUGACACGUGCGGUCUGCUGCUACCUCUUCCGGCUAAUUGCAAUCCUGGCUCAUCUGAACCCUCUCUUUGGGCUGCAGCUAAAAAGAGAUAUAGUCUUGUAUCUAAAGGAGCACUGGACUUAA